CAAUUGGAACGUAAGGAGGACGAGCAGACUCUAACCCGGUGAAGGCUCACUGUUACCGGAGGGAAGGAUGAACGACGUCGUGGUUGGUCAUGGUGGGGGGAGAAAGUAAGACCGAGGCGGGAGCAUCUUGACAUACGUCGUCCUUAUUUCAGCAUUUUUGUGUUAGAAAGUCUCAUAUGUGAUGUAUUAAUAAUUAAGAGCCGACAUGACUGCCGACCCACACGCUCUUUAAGUCGGUGAAAAGCUGCUAAAAAAAGUGCGAAUUGGAGCCCAACUGGACUGCUUUAACUCCGGGAAAAGACGACGAGGCGGGCCGGGACACAAAAACGAGCCAAAAUCGGAGCAAGUGCGUAAUUAGCGAACCCGGAGAGAAACCAGGGUGUGGAGGGAAAAAAGCCCGGGAACGAGGGUGGGGUGGAGGAAAAAAAGCCCGGGAAACUAGCCGUCACUUACUUUUUGAAAAGUGGACUCAAAGACCGCAAGUUCUCGGCUUCCACUCCCGGUAUGUUGGCGCUUUGGCUGCUGGGCGCCGUGUGGCUGGUGGCGAGUCCCGGCCGCGCUCAGAACGAGACGGAGCCCAUCGUCCUGGAGGGCAAGUGUCUGGUGGUGUGCGACUCCAACCCCGCCUCCGACCCGACCGGCACCGCCCUCGGCAUUUCUGUGCGAUCCGGCAGCGCCAAGGUGGCGUUCUCGGCCGUCCGGAACACCAACCACGAACCUUCGGAAAUGAGCAACCGGACAAUGAUCAUCUACUUCGAUCGGGUUCUCGUAAAUGUUGGGAAGAAUUUCGAUGAGGAGAGAAGUACUUUCAUCGCGCCACGAAUAGGGAUUUACAGUUUUAACUUCCACGUAGUUAAAGUCUACAACCGCCAAACAAUACAGGUGAGCCUCAUGCACAACGGCUGGCCGGUGAUUUCGGCCUUCGCCGGCGACCAGGACGUGACCCGCGAGGCGGCCAGCAACGGCGUCCUGAUCCAAAUGGAGAAGGGAGACCGGGCUUACCUCAAACUGGAGAGAGGAAACUUGAUGGGCGGAUGGAAGUACUCCACCUUCUCCGGCUUCCUGGUGUUCCCCAUAUAGAGGCGAGGAGGAGGCGGAGCCUGCCAAAGGGAAGCACAACCAAGAAAGGGAGCGUUACGGAGGAAGACAUGUCAGGAGAGACCUCUGUUUGGGACGCCGACGGAGGUGGAGACGAGGAGGUGGGAGAUGUGCGCUUUGACGUGGGGCCAUCUUUUUCACUUCCCCUCAUCCAUCCAUCUAUCAACUCCUAAAUGCAGCUUUGGAUAAUUGAAACCUUUUUAUUCUCUUCGACAUCCUUAAUGUUUCAAAGUGUAACCUAAGUCUCUUAGCGUCACCUCAUUCACAGCUUUGAGGAAUGUCUCACUAAUGAAGCGUUGUCCUUUAGUAUUUUGGUGGUGAAGCCGAAACACAAAGCUGCUCAGAAGAUAUCCUCUUUUUUUAUGUUUAUUUUGUUCCUCAUCGCACUUCAAGAGCAGCUUCGGAUGCGGCGAUGUCCUUCACUAGCAGACACGUACCCCAAAACCAGCACAAUGCAACACUUAUACACUUAAAGCUUUCUGGAAGAUGGUCGUCGAGGCAACAAUAACACAAGGACACGCUUCAAAAUUGCAGAGCAACUACAAACCCCGUUUCCAUAUAAUUUGAGUAAUUGCGUUUGAUGUAAAUAUAAACAGAAUACAAUAUUUGCAAAUAAUUUUAUGCUACAAAGACAACAUAUUUGAUGUUCAAACUGAUAACCUUUUUUUUUUUUCAAAUCAUUAACUUUAGAAUUUGAUGCCAGCAACACGUGACAAAGAAGUUGGGAAAGGUGGCAAUGAAUACUGAUAAAGUUGAGGAAUGCUCAUCAAACACUUAUUUGGAACAUCCCACAGGUGUGCAGGCUAAUUGGGAACAGGUGGGUGCCAUGAUUGGGUAUAAAAACAGCUUCCCAAAAAAUGCUCAGUCUUUCACAAGAAAGGAUGGGGCGAGGUACAGCCCUUUGUCCACAACUGCAUGAGCAAAUAGUCAAACAGUUUAAGAACAACGUUUCUCAAAUUGCAAUUGCAAGAAAUUUAGGGAUUUCAACAUCUACGGUCCAUAAUAUCAUCAAAAGCUUCAGAGAAUCUGGGGAAAUCCCUCCACGUAAGCGGCAUGGCCGGAAACCAACAUUGAAUGACCGUGACCUUCAAUCCCUCAGAUGGCACUGUAUCAAAAACUGACAUCAAUCUCUAAAGGAUAUCACCACAUAGGCUCAGGAACACUUCAGAAAACCACUGUCACUAAAUACAGUUUGUCGCUACUUCUGCAAGUGCAAGUUAAAGCUCUACUAUGGACGGCGUGGCGCAGUGGGAGAGUGGCCGUGCGCAACCCGAGGGUCACUGGUUCAAAUCCCACCUAAAACCAACCUCGUCACGUCCGUUGUGUCCUGAGCAAGACACUUCACCCUUGCUCCUGAUGGGUGCUGGUUGGCGCCUUGCAUGGCAGCUCCCUCCAUCAGUGUGUGAAUGGGUAAAUGUGGAAGUAGUGUCAAAGCGCUUUGAGUACCUUGAAGGUAGAAAAGCGCUAUACAAGUACAACCCAUUUAUCAUUUAUUUACUAUGCAAAGCGAAAGCCAUUUAUCAACAACAUCCAGAAAUGCUGCCGGCUUCUCCGGGCCUCAUCUAAGAUGGACUGAUGCAAAGUGGAAAAGUGGUCUGUGGUCUGAUGAGUCCACAUUUUAAAUUGUUUUUGGAAAUAUUCGACAUCUUGUCAUCCGGACCAAAGGGGAAGAGAACCAUCCAGACUGUUAUCGACACAAAGUUCAAAAGCCAGCAUCUGUGAUGGUAUGGGAGUGCAUUACUGUCCAAGGCAUGGGUAACUUACACAUCUGAGAAGGCACCAUUAAUGCUGAAAAGUACAUACAGGUUUUGGAACAACAUAUGCUGCCAUCUAAGCGCUGCUUAUUUUAGCAAGACAAUGCCAACCCACAUUCAGCAUGUGUUACAACAGCGGCUGCGUAGUAAAAGAGUGCGGGUACUUUCCUGGCCCGCCCGCAGUCCAGACCUGUCUCCCAUGGAAAAUGUGUGGCGCAUUAUGAAGCGUAAAAUACGACAGCGGAGACCCCGGACUGUUGAACGACUGAAGCUCUACAUAAAACAAGAAUGGGAAAGAAUUCCACUUUCAAAGCUUCAACAAUUAGUUUCCUCAGUUCCCAAACGUUUGAGUGUUGUUAAAAGAAAAGGUGAUGUAACACAGUGGUGAACAUGCCCUUUCCCAACUACUUUGGCACGUGUUGCAGCCAUGAAAUUCUCAGUUAAUUAUUAUUUGCAAAAAUAAAAUAAAGUUUAUGAGUUUUGUGAUAGCAAAAUUACUUGUACUUGUUUAAUUGAAGAUGUUCUUUGAACGGGUCGCCAAAAGUUGUUUAUUGGGCUCAGGAAUGUGACACUUAGCAAGAGAUCUAUUGUCUGAUCAAGCUCUGUCUCCUGUGUCUUUGAUGUGACAUGUGGACUAUAGUUGACGUGGGCAUGUGUUUUCCCUCUUCCUGACCCCCAAGAGAGCUAAAUUGUUCUCCUUUCCUGAGUGACCCCCCUCCUUUGGGCAAACGACACCCUCUCCCCUUCACAGGACCUUGGGUACUCAUUCAACUGGUGUACUGUAUGUAAAUGAGCAUGGAGGGUGGGACUUCUGAGAAUGUAUAAUUGUCAUGUCAAAUUCUAAAGGGGUUAGAACAAGCUGGAACGAACGAAUGUGUCGUUCUGGUUUGGUCUCGCUUUGCAAAGCUUGUUAUUAUUUGUUUGUUACUUUAAUAAAUAAUUUUAAAGCUAUUUGUCACUAAAGGAUCGUCUUUAAGAAAUUUCCACAACAGUUUGAACAUCAAAUAUCUUGUCUUUGUAGCAUAUUCAACUGAAUAUGGGUUGAAAAGGAUUUGCAAAUCAUUGUAUUCUGUUUGUAUUUACAUCUAACACAAUUUCCCAACUCAUAUGGAAACAAGGUUUGUACAUGACUUCUUCCUGCUCCCCCCCGCCUCCAUCUUUCAUCUCAGCCUCCCCACCUGUACUUUUAUCUGCUGCUGUACCCGUUUUGGCCUCUGGGCAUGGACUAUUCCUGGCUUUUACUUCAGUGUUGGACUUUGGAACUCUCUGAAAAAACGACAACAAUAUACAUAAGUGAUAUAAUAUCGAGCAAACCAAGUCACUCUUUCUACUCCACCACUGUAUUAUCACGAUGCUAAAUAUAAUACUUUCAACUGAACCUGGCUGAUGACUAUAAUGUCUGUAUAUUCUGUAUUUUGGUGUUCUAUGAAAGGAAGAAAAAAAAUAUUCUAAGGGAAUCUUCUGGUGAUUUAAUGUGGAAAAGUGGGCUGUUGUUCCGCUUUGUGUUUUUUGUUUUAGUUCAAACCAAGUUGUGGCUAAAUAUCUCAUACUACUACAUGAUAUCCUAUAUUACCAGCUCUAUUAUUUAUUAUCUUGCCUGUAAAUGACAUGUGAAUACCUAGUCUAUCAAAAAUGGAUUUAUCUGCUGUUUUUUUAUGUUUAUUUUCUUUGCUCCGAUGAAACAAUAAAAAUUAAAUGUACUUUUA